UAUCUGUUCCCAUUUCUCUGCAUUCGCAUGCUUCAUCUGUACCACUAUUCAAUGGGCUCAAUUUCUCUGACUGGUGCGAACAAGUUCAGUUCAACUUAGGUGUUUUGGACUUGGACUUGGCAUUUCAAGUUGAGAAACCUGCUGAUCUUACUGAUGAGAGCAGUGCUGAUGAAAGAUCUGUCCAUAAAGUUUGGGAAAGGUCAAACAGAUUAAGCUUAAUGUUUAUGCGGAUGACCUUAGCAAAGAAUAUCAAGUCUACUAUCCCUAAAACUGAGAAUGCUAAGAAAUAUAUGAAGUUUGUGGAAGAACGUUCCCAAAUAGCUGACAAAUCACUUGCUGGCACACUGGUGGAAUUUGAUGGUUCUCGUACCAUGCAUGAGCAUAUUACUGAAAUGAGUAACAUUGCAGCAAGACUUAAGACUAUUGGGAUGACUCUGGAUGAGAACUUUCUG